CAGAAGAAGAAAAAAAUUCCAUAUCUCUCUGAAAAUAAUCUUCACACACCACCAUGGCUUCCCUAACCUGUUCGGUCUCCGACCUAUCAUCUCUCCUCAGCUCCGGCGCCGCCACAAACAAUUCUAACGCGGCAGCUGCACAGUUUCUCUGCGGCCAACUCAACGCAGUAUCAGCACAGCUGACUGCAACCACCUACGCCAUAGACAACACCUACCUUCUCUUCUCAGCCUACCUUGUCUUUGCCAUGCAGCUCGGCUUCGCCAUGCUAUGCGCCGGCUCAGUCCGAGCCAAGAACACCAUGAACAUAAUGCUCACCAACGUACUCGACGCAGCAGCUGGUGGCUUAUCCUAUUACCUCUUCGGCUUCGCUUUCGCCUUCGGCUCACCCUCCAACGGCUUCAUCGGCCGCCACUUCUUCGGACUAAAGUCCUUCCCUUCCCCCGCCGGAGACUACAGCUUCUUCCUCUACCAGUGGGCCUUCGCCAUAGCAGCCGCCGGUAUCACCAGCGGCUCUAUCGCCGAGAGAACUCAGUUCGUCGCUUACCUUUUAUACUCCACCUUCUUAACCGGCUUUGUCUACCCCGUAGUCUCCCACUGGUUCUGGUCUCCAGACGGGUGGGCCAGUCCGACCCGACCCGGACAGGACUUCUUAUUCGGAUCGGGCGCAAUCGACUUCGCGGGUUCGGGCGUGGUCCACAUGGUUGGAGGAAUAGCCGGGUUAUGGGGAGCCUUCAUCGAAGGUCCAAGACUCGGACGGUUCGACCGGUCGGGUCGGUCUGUUGUGCUACGGGGCCACAGCGCGUCGCUUGUGGUUCUCGGGUCUUUCCUUCUAUGGUUCGGAUGGUACGGGUUCAACCCGGGUUCUUUCCUUACCAUCGUGAAGAGCUACGGUACGGACCAGACUUUCUACGGACAAUGGAGCGCGAUUGGGAGGACAGCUGUCACGACGACAUUGGCUGGCUCAACAGCUGCACUGACCACUUUAUUCGGAAAACGAUUACUGGUCGGUCACUGGAACGUACUCGACGUGUGCAACGGCCUCCUGGGCGGCUUCGCCGCCAUAACAUCGGGAUGUUCGGUGGUGGAGCCGUGGGCGGCGAUCGUCUGCGGCUUCGUGGCUUCAUGGGUUCUAAUCGGCUUCAACAAGCUAGCCGAGAAGCUGAAAUACGACGACCCGUUGGAGGCGGCUCAGCUGCACGGAGGGUGCGGCGCGUGGGGUUUGAUAUUCACGGGGCUGUUCGCAACGAAACAGUACGUGGCGGAGGUUUACUCCGGCGGACCCGCGGACAGGCCGUACGGGCUGUUGAUGGGCGGAGGAGGGAGGCUGCUGGCGGCGCAAGUGGUUCAGGUGUUGGUGGUGGCGGGGUGGGUGACGGCGACGAUGGGCCCACUGUUUUACGGUUUGAAGAAACUGAAGCUGUUGAGGAUAUCGGAAGAUGAUGAGACGGCCGGUUUGGAUUUGACGAGGCAUGGUGGGUUUGCUUAUGUGUACCACGACGAAGAUCCUUCCAUUAAACCUGAUCAUCAUCAUCAUCAAUUUAUGAUGAGCAAGAUCGAGCCAACCAACUCGAAUUUCAUGAGUCCAGCCAACAAUUCUAAUAACACUGAUGAUAAUAGUAACCAUGGACCAUCUUCCACCACCAUUAAUGUCUAGGAAAUUCUAUUCUAUAAAAAAGGUCUGCGUUUUUUUUUUCUUUUGGAAAUCAAAAAUUGAUGAUGGUACGUGUCAAUAUUUUUGUGGUUUUCCAUUGAGAAUAUGUUUAAAAUUAAUAAUAUAUUUUUGAGGUUAAUUGUUUAUAAA